CAAUAUAUAUGUACGUCCGAUAGUGGGACAUGAUAACGGCAGCCCGAUAGGCGAUAACUGAGACUGAAUUGCGCCACUUAUGUGAGAGAUGACCGUUGUGAGAAAUGAUCAUCUGUGAUUUUUUCUUCUGACCCAAGGAAGCAUAGAUAAUGUGGAAACUAGGCAUACACGAGCUCACACAUCCAGAAUCGCUGUCAGAACACCAGCUUCGCGAGAUUCUGGAAAACAGUUGUAUUCAGAAUCUUAAAUUUGAAAAACUACGUAAAAGUGAAUUACUCGAAAUGUAUAAACGAGUUGCAAUGCCUUUACCUCAGCGGCAACGUGGAAAUGCAAAAAACACAGUUGAUAUGACAACAGAAAAUUCUGUUACAGUUGUAAGUGAUAAUGAUACAUGUAGCUUAGCUAUAGAUUUGAACAAAGGAAAUAAGAGGAUAUUCCAAACAUCUCAUCCUCAGAUAGAUUUAUUAAAACCUUCCUUUAAUGAUCAAAAGUCAAUGAGCAAGAAGAUUCGAUUAUGUUCAACGCCAAAAGUGGAAAUUGGAUGCAAUGGAAUUUAUAAACGCAAUUAUGGAGAACAGAGUGAGUUAACAAUCUUAGCUGGAGCAGUGCUCGCGAUAUGCAGAGGCGCGGUCAUCCCAUCGUUAGCUUUCCCAGCUGUUCCAGCAGUUCCAACUGGCCCAGUCAUUCCGACUACUCUGGCCGCACAGCCGGCUUUGCCAGUUGCUGCAAUUGAUGCCACAAAUUACGAUCCUCAUCCUCAGUACAGUUACUCCUACGAUGUCCAAGAUAUAUUGACUGGUGAUGCGAAGAGUCAGCACGAGAGCAGAGAUGGUGACAUCGUCAGCGGCAGUUACAGUUUCAUCGAGGCCGAUGGUACCAGGCGAAUCGUCGAAUAUACAGCUGAUCCCGUGAACGGAUUCAACGCCGUGGUCCGUCGGGAGCCUCUGGCAGUGGUGAAACCCGUCGUUAAGGUUGCCCCGUCCCCGCUCAUUUAUUAG